UUUGGAAGUGUUCUACCUGCUUGUGGGGGAUUAGGAGCAAUUAACGAAGGGAAACAGAUUCAUGCUUGUAUAAUCAGAACCAAUCUUCAGGAUCACAUAUAUGUAGGCAGUGCUCUCAUUGACAUGUAUUGCAAGUGUAAGCUUUUACAUUAUGCAAAGACUGUGUUUGAUAGAAUGAAGCAGAAGAAUGUCGUGUCUUGGACAGCGAUGGUUGUGGGUUAUGGCCAGACCGGGCGUCCUGAAGAGGCUGUUAAAAUUUUCCUUGAUAUGCAAAGAAGUGGAAUUGACCCAGAUCAUUAUACUUUGGGACAAGCGGUCAGUGCAUGUGCCAACAUAGCUAGCUUAGAAGAGGGCUCCCAGUUUCAUGGAAAAGCGGUAACGUCUGGCCUAAUACAGUAUGUCACUGUUUCAAAUUCAUUGGUGACUCUGUAUGGAAAAUGUGGAGAUAUUGAUGAUUCUACUAGGCUGUUCAGCGAGAUGAAUGUCAGGGAUGAAGUCUCUUGGACUGCAAUGGUUUCCGCGUAUGCCCAAUCUGGAAGGGCCAUUGAGGCUAUUCAGUUGUUUGACAAGAUGGUACAACAUGGACUAAAACCUGAUGGAGUGACUUUGACUGGUGUUAUUUCAGCUUGCAGUAGGGCAGGAUUAGUGGAGAAAGGACAGAGAUAUUUUGAGUUAAUGAUAAAUGAAUAUGGAAUAGUGCCGAGUAAUGGCCAUUAUUCUUGCAUGAUCGAUCUCUUUAGUCGAUCUGGAAGGUUAGAGGAAGCCAUGCGUUUCAUAAGUGGGAUGCCUUUUCCUCCAGAUGCAAUUGGUUGGACUACUUUACUCAGCGCAUGUAGAAACAAAGGUAAUUUGGAAAUUGGUGAAUGGGCGGCUGAAUCACUCAUAGAAUUAGAUCCUCAUCAUCCUGCUGGCUAUACCCUAUUAUCAAGCUUAUAUGCUUUAAAAGGGAAAUGGGAUUGUGUGGCCCAGUUAAGGCGGGAAAUGAAAGAGAAGAACGUGAGAAAAGAACCUGGACAGAGUUGGAUAAAAUGGAAAGGAAAAUUGCACAGUUUCUCAGCUGAUGACGAGUCAAGUCCAUAUUUAGAACAGAUAUAUGCUAAGCUCCAGGAAUUGAACCAAAAAAUCACAGGUAAUGGUUACAAACCAGAUACCAGUUUUGUCCACCACGAUGUUGAGGAAGCUGUUAAAAUAAAGAUGCUUAACUAUCACAGUGAAAGGCUUGCAAUUGCUUUUGGAUUGAUAUUUGUACCCUCAGGCCUACCUAUUAGAGUGGGAAAAAAUCUUAGAGUGUGUGUGGACUGCCACAAUGCUACUAAACAUAUCUCCAGCGUCACUGGUAGAGAGAUACUUGUCAGAGAUGCUGUUAGGUUUCACCGUUUUAAAGAUGGAACUUGUUCAUGCGGAGAUUUCUGGUAGUUUUCAUCUGGGGAUUUUCAUGAUGACUGUCUAUUGCUAAUCUGACAAAUCAAAACAGAUCAGGAAGAUUCAGUUGUACUGUCAGUCAGUUAACUUGGAUAAUGAGACGCUUCAUCAGCUAUCCUGGGCAUAAAGAAGAGAACAAGAUUCUGAGCCUGUUAGUUGCGUUGGACUUCAACUGGUGAAUUGGCUGAGAGAUACAGGGUGCAUUCAUAUAAUUUGACUGCAACAUCGACAGAGCUGGAAAACAUGAAUGAACAUACCCCCCUGUGGAUUGCACAGAUCUCUGUUUGCUUCUUUUUGGAUGAACGGAGGGAGAAAGACCUAGGCAUACUCAAUGAUCC